AUGUUGAAAGAGAACAAUGGAGAUCAUCCUACUCUUGACUUCUCUGAGGAGGAAGACACAGGUUUGAGGAUCACUUUGAUCGGUAAAACUGGCAGUGGAAAGAGCUCCUCAGGAAACACCAUUUUGGGAAGAAAGACAUUUACAACAAAACCAAGUCAACUCCCAGUCACCAAAGUUUGUCAGAAAGAAGAAACUACAUUUGAUGGACGUCGUGUUGCUGUGGUGGACACUCCUGGACUGUUCGAUACAAACAUGACACACGAUGAAGUUGAUGUGGAAAGGUUCAAAUGUGUGAGUUUGCUGGAUCCAGGGCCACACGUCUUUCUGUUGGUGCUUCAGUUAGGAAGAUUCACACAAGAAGAAAGAAAUGCUGUAGAACUGAUCAAAAAAGCAUUUGGUGAAGGAGUAGUAAAGUUUAUGAUCAUUCUGUUCACACACGGAGAUCAUCUGGAGCGUUCAAAGACGACUAUAGAGGAAUUUAUUAAAGAAUAUAACGAUACCUUUAAUCAGCUGCUCGAAGGAUGUGGAAACAGGUUUCAUGUGUUUAACAACUGUGACAUGAAAAACCGCACUCAGGUCGAAGAGCUGCUGAAGAAGAUCGAUGAAAUGGUGAAGAAGAACAGAGGAGAAGACUGUUACACCAACGACAUGUUACCAAAGGCUGAGGCGGAUAGAAUGAGAGAGAUGGAGAGAAAAACUAAGGAGAUGAAGAGAAAAAUGGAGAAAAUGGAGAGGAAAUUUGAGCAGAGGGAGGAAGAAAGAAACAGGGAGAGCAAAAGGGAGGAAAUGAGAGGAGAGGGAGAGAGAAAAUCAGAAGAGGAGGAGAAAAAAGGAGGUGAGGAGGAGAGAAAGGGAGAAGAGGAGGAGAGAAAGGAGGGAGAGGAAGAAAGAAAGGAGAAGAGGGAGAAAGAAAGGGAGGAGAUGAAUAGAGAAAGGAAAAUGAUGGCGAGAGAAAUGGAGAGAGAAAGGGAAAUGAUGGAGAGAGAAAGGAAAAUGAUGGAGAGAGAAAGGAAAAUGAUGGAGAGAGAAAGGAAAAUGAUGGAGAGAGAAAUGGAAAUGAUGGAGGUCUCCAGUGUUUCCUCUGUGCUGGGAGCAGUGGUCGGCUGCAGCUGCUGGAGGCUGGGGUCUCAUCUCUCCCCUGGGCUCUGUGUCCUGGUGGAGGGAUUCUACAGGAACGUGGUGCUGUGCAUUAAACUACAGACCAACAGAAUCUCAUCAUCAGAAGUCAAGUCAUGA